UGUCUGUCUGGAAGCUCAGAUGGUACUGUGCGUCUUUGGUCAUUAGGCCAGCAAAGAUGUAUCACCACAUACAGAAUUCAUGGGGAAGGCGUGUGGGCAUUGUGUGCAAAUGAAAACUUCACAGGAUUUUAUUCUAGCGGGCGGGACAAAAAUGUCAUGUGGACAGACUUGAAUAUGGAUGAUUCAUCAACUUUGUUGUUUGUUGAAGAUGCUCCUGUUUUAAAUGUAAGUCAGCUGAUUAAACUGGUAGCCGUACUUGUACAAAAAAGUACAAUUUUUUGCCAAAUGACUGAUCUGUUAAUUGCAUUAACCUACCACCGUCAUUUCAAAUCAUGGUCACAGCUGUUAUAUUUCUGUUAAUCACACAUGAUUUCUGACCAAUGCAGACAGUUAUGGGACAGUUGUAUGUGAGUAAAACUAAAAAGCUCCUGAUUUAUCUCAAAUGAUCCCAAACCAUCCCAGGUGAUCAGAAAUAAAAUUCAUGAAACACUGAAAUUCUAGCUUUCUUACCUUAACCAUUUGAUGAAAGGGUGUAAAAUCCAUAAAUUUAUAGCCUGUUUGCCAGGGUGGUUUCUUUGGAGUGCCAUGGGAGAAAAUUAAUGAGAAACAUUCUCUUCUCCUGCCCACACCCCCCUGAUUCCUUCUUGCACUUUUCCUGCUCUUUAUCUUCAAUAUUAAUUUUAUGAGAACUAUUAUACAUCUGCUAUAAUAUGUUGUAAAAGAGCAUUGAAUUCUUGAGUUCACUGGAUAAAACAUCAUGUUGCACCACAUCAGGUGGUUGGUAUCAGGGUAUAGCGAUCCUUUUUGAUAAUUACAGUUUGAGUCAAUUGAACACAAACGAAAAACUACAUGUGAGGUCAACCUUAUUUACUCAUGUAUUGUUUGUAUAUGUGUUUUUCUUAUUCUCUACAGUUGGAACUUUGUUCUGAGCCGCAUUCUCUAUGGGUUGCUACCACAAAUUCUACAAUAAACAAUUGGGUAAGGUUAUUAUUGUGUAUCAAACCUUUCCAAAAUCUCAAGUUCUAAUUCAAUUAUUAAAAGUGUUAUUCAAGUUGAUAACUGUGAUUUCCGUCAAAUAUUCAGCCGACACUUAAAACAUUAUAGAGUUUUACAGUCAUACAAUGGUAAACAGCAAAUACAUGUCAGAUUCAAGUUGACUCUUUCUCAAGUAGGAAAAUAUAUACAUGUAGAUCAGUUAGCCAGAGCUAAAAGCGAAGCUCCCAUUUAUGCUUUUAUAAUUUACUUCAGACAAUGACUUUGGAACCACUGCAAAGAAAUCCACAAAUCUAUUCUUAACUUCCCUUUAAACUUUAGAGGAGGAUCAAUCCAUGUGACGUUUGAGGGCUGGCUGUAAAACAUAAACUUGAGUGUGUGCGAUCAAUCAAAAGCUUAAGACUGGUUAGCGAAAAACCGCCAAAAAAACGUGACCUUGAUGAGCUGUCUCCUAAGCCAUAAAAAGAAGAGCUUAUGAGAUGGUAUCCGAGUGGAGUUACACUAAGAACCGAAAAUCGAGUUAUCGUGGUUAAUUUUAGUUAAAUUUUGAUCAAGGGAGAGGAAAUUUAGUUCGAGUUAUCCGAGUUUGAGUUAACCGGGUAAAAAUGACUGAAAAGUGGGGUGAAAUCUAAGAAAAUUGGGACUUAUAUACUUCGAUUUAGCGGGGAGUUCGAGUUUGAGUUAUCGGGUUUCUAUACUGUAUGUGUAUGAGAAGACGAAAAUGAUGGGCUAAAAUAAAAUGCAGUCAAACCUCUAUGUGCAGCCAUCUCUUGUAAGCAGAAACCUUUGCAAAGCAAAAAACAAUUCCAAGUCAAAUCACAUAGUGAGAGCCUCUUGUGAGUGACUGCAACCACUUCUUGGAGGUUAUGGUUGGACAUUGUUCUUUUUUUAACCUCCAAUAAGUGACCCAUGACUUGGCACAUGUUUUAUAGUCUUCUAACAGUACAAAUGAUGCGACACUGUACAAGGAUCUGUAUCCAUUUCAUUCUUGUAACUUUAUUGUUAGAAUUAGAUGAAGUUGAAAUCAGUUGUAUUUUCUGUUGGCAGCCUAUCAAUUACAUCAAUGAUCAAGAAAAUAUGGAUGUUAAUGAAUCGUAUACAGAUCCUCAACCAACCUGUUCAAUGCCCAGAAAAACAUUGCCAGGUAGGACCUAUAUAUUAGACAUAUUAGGAAAUUUAGCGAGACCACUUGCUACCUUUCUUCUUCACGCCAGUUACAAUGUGAUGUCCACUUUUCUCCUUAAGUGGUUCCUCCCCUGAACUCCUCUGCUUUGCUUCAUCCCAAAAUCGACACCCUGCCCGAGGUGUCUCUUGUUUACAAAGUUCAUCUUCAAGACCUUUGUGGUCUUUUCUUCUAGGCAGGGUUGUUAUUAAGGGCCAGGGGCCCGUUUCUCGAAAGGCCCGGUAACUUUUCGGGUCCGAAAGCAAAUGUUAGAAUUAAAACCUGUUGAAUGGUAGUACAGUUCCUGGCUCACAAACCAGUCAAUUCAGUUUCGGUAACUGAUAGUUUUAUUGUAUCAUUUUCAAAAUUAUUGAAGCCUUGGUCUUUGAUGCCAACACGGGAAACGCAAAACGACUUUCCGAGCCCCGAAAAGUUACCGGGACUUUCGAGAAACGGGCCCCAGGGCACGGGAAUAUCCCCUGCCUUCUAUGAGCACCACCCCCGGCGGCUACUAGCGUCCUUUGGCGGGAAAACAUGAUAGCCGUCGUCAUUCUACAACAAGUUUUAGCGAGAAUUUCGUAGUGACGGGAACAAGUUAUCAACAGUUAGCAGUUUCAUCAUGUGGCGAUCGGGAGAGGGCUUAAAAAACUGCGCUGACUUUUCUGGUGAAAAAAAAAAAGUACAAUGAAGCUUUCCGGUCUGUACAUUUUUAGGAAUACGGGAAAAAAACAUUAAAAUCUCGUGCUUGUCGUCGUCCUCGUCCUCGCAUCGAAAGGUCUCUAUUUGUGAGGCGUGUCUGCGGCAUCCCGUCUACUUGCUUUAAAUAAUUAUCUUCGAAUUAGUAUAAGAUUCUGGGAAACUGCCCACCCACCCACCCCUUAACUCAACAUUUUGUCCUGAGUAAAAAGUUAUUGUUAAAGUUGGGUCAGGGGAGGGGAGGGUGGGCAGCUUCCCAGAAUCUUUUUUAGGCUCAGUCGCAGUCUUGGCAUAUGUUACUGACAGAAGUGAUGAUCGCGCGAGAAUCACGUCUCUGUGUUAUAUGCUGAAGAUUAAAUGUUCACGACACCCUACAGGUCACCCAAUCCGGCGGCCUACUUUGUAGCGUCAAAUUAAUGAAAUGUUCUUUCUUUUGUAUACAGGGGCACCUAGCAUAAGAAAAUUCCAUGUUUUGAGGAAUAGAAGACAUGUUAUAACCAAGGACUCCGAAGAUAGAGUCACUGUGUGGGAUGUUUUAAAAGUAAGAGUUUUUACCCAGUUUUUGUUUUCCCUUUUUCUUCCUUUCUUUUUUGUGGAAAAAAGUUUGUGGAAUAGAAGACAUGUUAUAACCAAGGACUCCGAAGAUAGAGUCACUGUGUGGGAUGUUUUAAAAGUAAGAGUUUUUACCCAGUUUUUGUUUUCCCUUUUUCUUCCUUUCUUUUUUGUGGAAAAAAGUUUGGUAAAGUCUAAUCAUCUUUUGAAGAAACAUUACUAGUGUUCAUGUGAAAUUGCCGUUUAUGAAAGAAACGAAACAAAAUAGAUAUGUAAAUGUGUGAAAAGCAAGUGGAAAAAGUUUUAGUCAACUUUAGACUGUUUAUGUAAGUUUUGAGAUUUUGUAAGGGUGGGAAAACUGCUCCCUUCCUUGAAAACUGAACAAAAAAGUUGAUAUCUUUUGUUUGCAUUCAAAGGUUUGCUCGACUGAUUCGCUGAGGAAUCUAAGUUUAUAACGUUGGGGUUGUGUAUACAGUCAAAUCCCGUUAAUACUUACACUGAGGGGGCCAUAGAAAGUGUCCGUAUUAACAGGCUGUCCGUAUUAGGCGGGUUGAAUUGAGAGAAAAUGUAAGGACUUUAUUUCCCUAAGGACAAAGCAAACUGUCCAUAAUAAUGAGGUGUCCUUGUUAACUGGGGUGUCCGUUAAGUGGGGUUCGACCACGGGAGUCUUAGCUCAGUUGAUAGAGGGCCAGCCUUGAGAGCAGAAGGUCACAGGUUUGAUUCCCGGGGACAGGCAAAAACUCAGGGUCUUAAAAAAACUAAGAAAUGAAAGGUGUCGUCUUCGCCUGCAAACGGUUAGAUCUCAUGUGGCUCGGAUAACCACGUGGAAAUAACUGCCCAGUCUUCAGUAGCAGAAACCACUGCCGUUAAUCAGUACUUUUAUGCUAAAUGCAUUGACAUUGCUUUUUUUGUGAUGCAUAAUGUUUGAUUAACGGAUAAGGGCAGACCUAGGUGAUUUAUAUAAUGCCGGCCGGACUUACACCUACUUUUUUAGUUUUUCGUCAGGUAUUGUGAACAUAUCCGCUAUUUUCGAAACACUUUUUUGGAUAUUUAUAGGCACGUAAAGCAGAAGAACUCGGCUUAGUGGAUUAUGAUGAAGCUAUCAAGAAAAGAAAUCAGACAGUUUAUGUGCCGAAUUGGUUUUCUGUGGACAUCAAAACUGGGGUAAGUGGAAACCUCGGGAACGGUUUCAUACUGCUCAUGACGAAGAAGGGCUUGAAUGUCUGCGGCAAACGUGAUAUUUGGAGGUUAGGAUCCGAUGGAGGGCUCAAAAUUUCCAUGCGACUUGAUUCCCUGCGUAAAGAUCAAUGAAAGCUUUGUUUGCAGAUAUUCUUUCAUAAAGAACAUUAUGUUACACACAGAGAUAAAUUCCUAGCGAUUAGAAUUGUCUUCCAGUUUAUUACAUUCUUUACUAUUACACCCCUGCCACACAGACACCAAAUAAAGCUCCAAGUAAUCUCGUGUCCAGCACGUUGUUUGCCCUAAAGUGACUGCGAAGUAGACGGUUUCGGCAUGUAGAAUUUAUUGGUUAUUAAUGCGAAACUGGGUGGCGUUGUGCAACAGGGGCGAAGCCUUCUUGCUUGACGUCUUCUCUGCU